AUGGCUAAGUCUGGUUUUGACAGCGAGGUGGAUUCCGAAAUUUAUAUAUGCCAUGGUAUAGGCAAACAAAUCGCGUUCCGUAAAUCAGCACGCACAACGCAGUCGUCGAUUGCUACACAAACAAUUUCAUCCGGCGAAGAGAAUGCGUGCUUUGGCCAAAUUCUUAAUAAACUCAACGAGAUCCAACGGAAACAGCUAGUCACAAACAAAAAACUGUUGGAAAUGGACAGGCAAAUGAAACUCGUUCGUGCGGAGCUAGACCUGCUGGCGGACAGAAUUGCUCCCAGGGUUGGCGUUGUACGAGCAAACAGUUUUGAAUUCGAACCCAUAGGAUGUAAGGAAGAAUUGGACGAUUUUGAGCAAAAUCUACGAGGGCAAGAAUUCAAAAUUAAAAUGCGUCAGUUUGUAGAUGCCAGGCUGCCAACUGAAAGUAUUGAAGCGCGCCUACAUGCCAGCGUUGACGUCCUUUUUAAACGCGAUUUUGUUGUAAAGUUAAGCUGGACAGGCAUGGGUCAUCCGAACCCAAAAAUAGCGUUUAAGGAUUAUAAUAAUGUACUAAAUUUUUAUAUAUACAUUGGGACAUGUCAUGGUUUUAAUGCUACCGACAUUAAAAUUAAAUCAUUUUUACAAAAUAAGUUUAGACAUAGUAUACAAAGAUUAAAUUUAGUAGGUGUAGUGAAAACAUCUUAUCAUAGGCAUAGCAAGUAG